AUGAACACACGCAAAAAAGUUGUCGUACUCUUUGGCGAGUCUGGAGCAGGCAAAAGCUCUGUCAUCAACCUCAUAGCGGGACAGAAUGUAGCACGCACAUCUUCUAGCCCACAACGCUGUACGAUGCGCUGGGAAGAAUAUGACAUCAGCUUCGGUGGCGCGUCUUACCAGGUGUUCGAUACCAUUGGACUCGAGGACCCGCAGCUUGGAAUCAAAGAGUACCUCGAGUGCGUCGAAAGCGCCUAUAGGCUUACCAAGGAAUUGGACUCGCGAGGCGGCAUUGAUCUGCUCCUCUUCUGCAUUCGCGCUGGAAGAAUGCCCGCUACUCUUCAGAGCAAUUACCGUCUCUUUCAUGAAUUCCUCUGCGAGAAGAAGGUUCCCAUUGUUCUUGCGAUCACGGGUCUUGAAAGAGAGCAGAGGAUGGAGGAUUGGUGGGAGCGAGAAUAUCGCGCCUUCAAAAAAUAUGAGAUCAAAGGUCACGCGUGCAUCACUGCCGCUGAUGGAUUGGAUGGCAGGCACAAAGUCCUAUAUGAAGAAUCGCGCGUCACUAUACGUCGCCUCGUCGAGCAAUUUGCUGCUGAUGGGCAGAAGCAAGCAUGGGAAGGAGGAGAUAACCUGUUCGUGUCGCUGAUGCGUAAGCUGAAGCAGCUACUCUCAGGUAGUUCCCAUUUGACAAGGAAGGAGCUUGUACCUUUUCUCAUGAAGCGUUGCGGUAUGUCUAAAGAUACCGCAAAACAGUUGGCUAAUAUGAUCAAGCAAGAUUGA